GCCAGGUCAGCCCUCUACCAACAUAUACACUUGCGGCAUGUAACAGAUUAUCGGUCGCAAGGCACAUAACUUCUGCAAUGACUCUACCGUUGAUUAUUGAAACAAAACCUGAGGAUUGGACAUAUGUCUCUGAGGGAGGAGCGACUAUCGUAUUCUCGUAUCGAGGACCUCACAACGUUCAAUUCUCUGAUCAUGUCCUACGUCUCCGUAAAGUCGCUCACGGGUCAUCAAACAGCACGCUGCUCGAUAGCAACAGUGAACAACCAGACGAUUCUAUGAUCGCCUUCCAAGAGAACAUCAUCUCAAAACUCGUUCCUUCUGAGUUUUUACCGAGUCUUGUGGUGGUGGUGCUCGAUGAAGAUUGGCUCAGGUCACUCGUUGUCCUACGCAAUGGAGAUCGCCCAGCAGAGAGAAGGCAGACGGAUCAUAUUGAUGUUCGCAGGAGUAAGGGUGUGUUAGCCACGGAUCUCAUUGGGGGCACGCCCAUCGCGAUGGAAAUCAAGCCGAAAUGGGGAUUUUUACCUACAGAAUGCCAUCUCUCGCCUGAGACUGCCGCUCUGAAGACAACAACGUGCAGAUUUUGUAUGCACACGAGCUUCAGAAUGGAACAAGGGGGCAUCGGCACGACCUAUUGUCCCUUGGACCUUUUCUCUCGCGAUGAGACGCGUAUUAGAAAAGCCCUAGGUGCUUUGUGGGCUGGAUGGUAUGAAAGCCAUGGAUCCCUCAAUAACCUACGGCUCUUUGUCGAAGGCAGAAUGGCAAAACCAGAUGAUGACCACUCGAUGCAAUUGUUGGCACACUUCCUCACGGCGGACGAAUCGACUGACGUCCAGAAUCUCCGGGAAUCGUUCACAUCCGCUCUUGCGCAGGCACUUCUUGACAGUCCCGUUCUUCCCCUCCUGUCUACUUUACAACGAACACUGGACAUCCUUGAUGUAGAGGGUCUAUCCAAGUUGUACACACAAACAUCAUCAGGUUCCUCAUGUGAUGGUCUCGGAUCUUUGGUUCCCGAUCCUUACAUGGAGGAAUGGGAGGACUUCGUCGAAGUUUACCAGUCUGAUCAUCAUUCCUGGGAUCACACAGUCCCAAGUCCUGGACACAUCCGGUAUUAUCUCAUGGCAUACCUACUUUCAGCGACGUUCAAGGAUUGCUCCAUCAUUAUCCGGCCCAAAUCUACGCAGAUAGGUUCGUUUGAUACCACAAUCAUCGACAUGGAUAUCAAGAGCAUGGAUCGCUUGGGGAAGUGGGAAAGGUUAGACAGGAAAAUCGUGGAACAUUACAAGAGUUCAGGCAGCCAGCGGCGUUGCAUCGACAGCCAACGCAUUAGUCAAUCAGGGUGUACACAACUGUCAGAGUGGCGUUAGCAAGAUGUAUCAUAGACUGGUUUCUGAAUAUCUCUGGAGAAUCUCUGGGAUGAGUGAUUUGUGUUCGGGAUUUUUCUUUUUCGUAACUGCAACUGACAUACAAGGUGUAUUCAAAGACUACACUGGCUGUGAUGCAUAUCGACUUGAGUCCGGCUCAUGCAUCUCCAUCAAGCUAUCGGACUCAGACUCGACCAACAAUCUGCUAGUUUCUCCAGCACAAUUCAAGGACAAAUGUUAUGCUACAGAGAAUGCUGACAGCCCUCCUGGGUAAGUUUGUAGGUUAACAAACUUCUGCAGAAGGCCU